AUGGCAGUUGAACUCGGGGAGGCUGACCUGGCCUUUCUCCACACUGCUGAAGUGGAGCUGACGGCCGUAUCAGACCGCAUGCUUGUUCUAGCAUGUACCCUGGUGUGGCUAUUGUGUGACUAUAUCGUUCAACGUCUAUGUCCCUUCCCUCCAGCUGCGGAGGCGUACAAAAUGUACUUUGGCGAUGAGCUGCACGAGGCAAGUUUGUUUCUGUCUGUGGCUUUCGGGUUGGCUGUUGCGGGCACCCGCGGAGCAGUCAUGCCGGUGCUUUGGUUGCUGACUCUUCUUGCUUUGGGAUGGCUUUGCGAGAAGCACCUGGAGUACUCAAACUGCAGCGCGCAGGUUGGCCAGAUCCUGCUCCUGUGCGUGCGUGGAACGCUGGUGGCUCUCUUCCUGUGGGCAGCGCCGGUGUUGUGGCUGCUGUGGUUCCGCAUUUUCAGGCGCGGUCGCCGAGCCGAGGCCUUGACAUUCCAAGAAGAUGGCUCUCUGAUGAUAUUUCAGCCCGGCCAAAGGUUCAAGGUGUUUGCCAAACAGCAUCCACCAUCGUUUUCACAGCGAGAGUUAAUGCUUGACGGUUUCUUUUACGGAGGAGGAAGCGUCAGUGAAAAACAACUGGUUGUUCACCGUGCGGCUAUUGCGUUUUCAUCUCUCAGCUUGAGCGCACCAGACUUUACCUGCUGCAGCACGAAGAAGAAGUCUACAGAUGGCGAACUUGGAGGUCACAAGGAGCAGCCAGCGAAAACAGUGGGACUUUCCCUGGACUGGACAGUUCGUACCAUCGACGGCCUUGAAGUUGACAUUGAGGAGCCUGACCUCUACAUCCCAACGAUGGGCUUUGUCACUUAUGUUGUGCUUUGUGGCGUUGUGCGGGGUAUUCAGGAGACGUUUGCUCCUGAAGUGCUGUCCGCAACGAUCAGCUCAGCUUUGGUGAUCCUGGUGGUUGAGAUGGCAGUGAUGAAGGGAGCCCUCUUCAUGGCUGGAGCUGUUAACACACCGACGCUAGACCUGCUGGCAUUGCUUGGGUACAAGUUUUUCUACUUGUCUCUGCAUCUGGGACUCGGCCUCCUUGCCGGACAUGGCCGCAGACCAUCAGGCUUCUUUUACAGCUUGCUGGUCGGGGGUCUGCACCUGACCUGCGGCAUCGCGCUCUGGCAGGCCUUGAGGCGGCUCGCUCGGAUGCAGCCGUCGCAUGGUCAGGAAUGUGUAACAGACAUGCACCAGAUGUGCAUCAAGGUGCUACCCGUCCUACAAGCAGCUGUGUGCUGGCUGCUGCUCCCGUCUUGGCCGAAGGCGGCACUCGUGAGCGUAAGCGUUCAAGAGGAGGUUACCAUCGUCGUCACAACAGUCGCUGCGUCAGUGCUGAGCGGAAAUUCCAGCGCAGUCUGA